AUAAAACUGCUCUUUCACUUUCUUUAUUUCUGUAAAGAAUGUUCAAGUGCUCUUGGUAUGGAGAGUCGCCACAUCAAAGAUGCUCAAAUCACUGCAUCUUCACAAUGGGAUAGAAAUCAUGCGGCAUUCCAGGGAAGAUUGAACUUUAAGGCUGGUGGAGGUAAACAGGGAGGAUGGUCAGCUCGGUCGAACAAUGGAAAUCAGUGGAUACAGGUGGCUCUUGGCAGUUACACCAAAUUAACAAGUAUAGCAACACAGGGAAGGAAUGCUGAUAGCCAAUGGGUAACAGCAUACAAGCUGCAGUACAGUGAAGAUGGAGUGAACUUCUACUACUAUAAAGUACCAGGACAGAGUUUACCUAAGGUAAAUGUA